AUGCCGUCAUCGAAGUGGGGUCGCGUCGGAACCAAGUUGUCCUACACCACCAAACAUGUCACGAACCGCGUCAGCGGCGUCCGCGAAGACCAGCGAACCACGAUUCUAGACAUUUCUGUAGCAACCGGUCUCUCCAUAGGCACAAUCCACCGCAAGCUCCGCGACGGCACGAUUGAGCGCCGAUCAUCCCGUCUCAAACCGCUCCUGACCGAUGACAACAUGCGUGAGCGCAUCGCAUUUUGCAGCGCUUGUGGAUACUGA